GAGCUAUAGGGGAACACGAUGGAUUUGAGAAUUGUGUGGUUGUGUCUCUUGAUCUCAUUUGUAGAUAAGUCAAGGACUCAGCCUGCUCCUAUAAACAACACCACUACAGGGGAAGAGUGUCUCACGAACGAUGAGUGUAUUUCAGGGAAGAUAUGCAGAGCUAAGAAAUGCACAGAUCCUUGUGACAGCGUGUGUGGGCUUAACACAAUUUGUGUGGUGAAAGAUGGACUUCCGUUGUGUUCCUGUAAAACUGGCUACAAAGGAGACCCGUUUACGGAAUGCAAACCACAAAAUGCAGAAUGCACAGAUGACUCCAUGUGUACAACAAACAAGGCCUGUAUUAGUCACAAGUGUGUAGAUCCUUGUUUGGACAAUAAUUGUGGCCUCAAUACUGUGUGUAGAGUGGUCAACCAUCAACCAAUGUGUGCCUGCCUCAAAGGAUUCUUCUACACUCUAGAAAAAGGCUGCCUUCCUGAGUGGAUUCCGGAAUGCCAGACUCACUCUCAUUGUCCGGAGGACCGCUCAUGUCGUCUGCAGAAGUGUGUAGAUCCUUGUGAAGACGGCGUGUGUGGCAAUAACACAGAAUGUCACGUCAAGAACCACUAUCCUGUGUGUUCAUGUAAAGUUGGUUACAUAGGAGAUGCCUACAAUGAAUGUGUGCCUUACGAUGUGCCGGAUAAUCUAGAUCUACCUCAAGUAUAA